GAAAGAAUGACAAGUAGGUUCUCCCUCAAAUACGUCAAAGUGAAAGAGCCAACAGGAGAACCAAACAUCACAACUAUUUUCAAUAACUAUACAAACGCCAAGGAAUCAGAAUCGGGAUAUUCCCCAACACUUUUCAAGAAAGAUAUUGUAACAGGAUCUAUCAAAUUUGGUUCUAUUGAGUAUAUCCAGAUGCAAAUAACAGGAUUACACAAAGAAACAAGACUAGAAAAAGAUAAAUUCAGCAUUACACUAACCAAGUUUCCAGACUCUAUGACAACUCAAGACCUCAGUAAUAUUAUGAAACAAGUUGGUGCCAAAGCUUAUCACACAUCGCAAACAAAUAAAAUAUUUAGAAGGUUCGCAAGUUUAAAUUCCACCUUUCAGGAGGAUCUUACCAAAGCAAUAGCAAACAACAUAGAUUUCAAAGGACACAAGCUCAUAUGGGUGGCCAGAACAGCGAAACUUUGCUACUACUGUGGAAAUACUCAACACAUGAUCGCAAACUGCAAUGAAACAUACUAUAACAACAAAAACCAGUAUAGAUAUAAUGGAUCCAACAAAAGUUAUGCUAAUGUAACUCAAGGGAUUAACAUGCAUCACCUCUCAAAUGGGAAGCUUCUUGUCCUCGUCCACCACAUACAAAAAACAAUAACAAAAGUACAACACCAAAUAAGUCAACUAGAGAAAAGAGUUAGCAUAUUAGAAAAAGAUGCAGCAUAUAGACACAUGGAUGAAAUGGAAGAAGACAUGAAAUCCACCUCCGACUCCACAAUUUUUGCAACAAAACAACUAAUCGAGACAGAAGACAUCAAAACAACUCAAAGCUGA